CAAAUCACACACAUUACAUAAAAAGUGUGGAAAAAUAAUAAUAUCAAGAACUACAUAUUACAAGCUAAUACACAAUGGCAUAUAGGUUUAGCAUGAUUCUAAUAUUUCUGGCAGCUGUCCUCUUUCCAGCACCAGUUGAAUCUGCUGUUCGUCACUACAAGUUCAAUGUUGUGAUGACAAAUGUAACAAAACUUUGUGCAACGAAGUCCAUUGUUACAGUCAAUGGGAAGUUUCCAGGGCCUCCGAUUUAUGCAAGGGAAGGCGAUACAGUGAUUGUCAAAGUUAUCAACAAUGUUCAGUACAAUGUGACAAUUCACUGGCAUGGCGUGCGGCAGCUGAGAACAGGUUGGGCUGAUGGACCUGGAUACAUCACACAAUGCCCGAUACAGACGGGGCAGAGCUACGUUUACAACUUCACCCUCACAGGACAAAGAGGGACAUUACUUUGGCAUGCACAUAUUUCUUGGCUUAGGGCAACUCUACAUGGUGCAAUUGUUAUAUUGCCUAAGAAGAAAGUUCCUUACCCAUUUCCAAAACCUCACAAGGAAAAAGUCAUCAUUUUAGGGGAGUGGUGGAAAUCAGACGUCGAAACUGUGAUCAACCAGGCCAUGCAGACGGGUCUGCCACCGAAUUUAUCUGAUGCACAUACCAUUAACGGACGUCCAGGACCUGCUCCUAAUUGCUCUUUGUCUUCAGGAUAUACACUAAACGUUAAGAGUGGCAAGACAUAUUUGUUGCGCAUCAUCAACGCUGCUUUAAACGAUGAUCUCUUCUUCAAGAUUGCCAACCACAAUCUAACUGUUGUUGACGUAGAUGCCUGUUACACAAAACCAAUCAAAACAGACAUUAUUUUCAUAGCUCCAGGCCAGACCACAAAUGCUCUUCUAACAGCAGAUCAAGCCCCUGGAAAAUACUCAAUAGCUAUUUCACCUUUUAUGGACACUGUGGUCCCUGUUGACAACAUGAUCUCCACGGGUGCUGUACGUUACAAAGGUCUUCCUCCAUUUCCUAAAACAACCCUUACUGCAAUGCCUCCCAAAAAUGCCACCCCAGUGGUGAAAUCAUACCUAAAUUCUCUACGUAGCCUCAACUCGAAACAGUUCCCUAGUAAAGUCCCUCUGGAUAUUGAUCAUUCCUUGUUUUUGACUAUCGGUGUUGGGAUGAAUCCCUGUGCUACAUGUGUUAAUGGAACAAAAUCUGUGGGAGAUAUCAACAAUAUUACUUUUGUAAUGCCUACUACUGCUAUACUUCAAGCUCAUUAUUAUGGCAUUGGAGGUGUUUUUACUGAUGAUUUCCCUGGAAAUCCACCAAUGCCUUUUAAUUAUACGGGGAGUGUACCAACUAAUAUGCAGACUAUGAACGGGACUAAAGUUUACAGAGUAGCAUACAAUUCUACAGUUCAAGUUGUGUUACAGGGUACAUCUUUUAUAGCACCUGAGAGUCAUCCAACACAUCUGCAUGGUCAUAAUUUCUAUACUGUUGGAAGUGGUUCGGGUAAUUAUGAUCCCGAAAAGGACCCCAAAUCAUUUAACCUUGUUGAUCCUGUCGAGAGAAAUACUAUGAGUGUACCUACUGCUGGAUGGAUUGCUAUCAGAUUUCUGGCCGAUAAUCCAGGUGUGUGGUUUCUGCAUUGUCAUCUGGAAGUGCACACAUCCUGGGGCUUAAAGAUGGCGUUUCUGGUGGAUGAUGGUGAAGGGCCAACGCAGUCUCUUCCACCGCCUCCAAGUGACCUCCCAAAAUGUUAAGAGGAUUAGAUUAGGAAUUCGACAUGGGAAAAGAAUCAGGGGGAUUGUUGCUUGUGAAUUAAUGCAGAGAUUCAGACAAAAAUUGAUGAUUGAACAAACAUGUGUGUGUGAUGUUUGCACAAGAGGAAAUAAAAUAGCUCCAAGAAUAGAUGGUAAAAGUUUCAUUUUAUGUGAUUUAUUUCAGUGUUGAAGGGACUUUUAAAUUUGAAUGUGAAUUUGUUACUCAGGGUCUGAAUGUAAGGGUUGUGUUGAAGAUACAGAGUCAUUUCUUUUUCA